AUGGACGAGGUAAUGAACAUAACUGACGACACUACUUCCAGUAUUCGACCCAGCGAACUUUCAAAGUUCUCACCGGGUCUACUGACCUUCGCCGCCGUGGUUACUGGUUUCAUCAUGGUGAUAGGAUUGUUUGGUAACCUCCUCACUGUGGUCGCGCUAAUCAAGUGUCCUAAAGUCAGGAACGUUGCUGCAGCCUUCAUCAUUAGUCUCUGUAUAGCGGACUUUUUGUUCUGCGCCGUGGUGCUGCCGUUCGCCAUUUCGGGCUUCUGGACGAGGACCUGGUCCCACGGCGGGGCGCUCUGCAAGCUGGUGCCGUUCUUGCGGUACGGAAACGUCGGCGUAUCGUUGCUGAGUAUCGCUCUCAUCACCUUGAACAGAUACAUAAUGAUAGCCCACCACAGUUGGUAUGCGCGCGUGUACCGGAAACACAACAUAGCGCUCAUGAUUGUCUUCUCGUGGAUGUUUUCGUACGGCAUGCAGAUACCGACUCUUCUUGGAGUGUGGGGUAAAUUCGACUACGACCCGGAACUGGGCACGUGCUCCAUAAUGCCAGACGACCACGGCCGCUCGUCAAAGACGGCCUUGUUCGUCAUCGCGUUCAUCGUGCCGGCCAUGUUGAUCUUCAUUUGUUACGCCAGGAUAUUCUGGGUUGUGCACAGUUCUGAGCAGAGGAUGCGGGAGCAUCAGCGCUCACAGCACUCGGGGCCCGGCGCCCUCAACAGCGGCGACAAGCGGAGCACUGUAAAAGACAACAGGGAGAGUAAAGCUAAACGCAACGAGUGGCGCAUCACUAAGAUGGUUCUCGCGAUAUUCCUCUCCUUCCUCGUGUGCUACCUGCCGAUCACCAUCGCGAAGGUCGCCGACAGCCACGUACAUUACCCCAUCUUCCACAUCGCCGGCUACCUGCUGCUGUACGCGAGCGCGUGCGUGAACCCGAUCAUCUACGUGAUAAUGAACGCGCAGUACCGCGCGGCGUACGCGGCGGCGCUCUGCUGCCGGCUGCCGCUGCCGGGGCUCACCAGCGAGAAAUGGAACGAGCGUCACGGGUACAGCUACAGCAACACACGAACGGCGCUCAGUCAAGUGUCGAUCGGGGACUCGAGAGCGGAGCCCCGGGCCUCGGGGGUGCCCGCGGGUCCCGCCAGG